GAUGUCAUCACGGAUUCGUUUUCUGUGUCGCCCAAUAUAAAUAACAGAUUCUAUUGAUUCUUCUGUGAAACCCAAUAGAAUGAUAACUGUGAAAAUGAAGGGGGGAGAGGGGAUGGAUGUGAGAUGCAACGCAAAUGAGAAUUGAUGAUAUAAGUUCUUUCUAUCUACUGCUUGCUUGCCCACUUGGUGAUAUUUCCCAUCAUUCUUAUCUCAUCCCUCUCCCCUUCCUUACGCUCUUGUUCUGUUCUGUUCAGUCAAAGUCAUAUUCCUAUUUCUUGAAGUAUUCUCGUCAUAGUUGUAUCCCUCUACAUGUUAAAGUACCCGUAGAGCCAGCCUUUGGGACGAUGAUCUUGUGGUCUCUUGUGGUGAAGAAGUGUAGAUAGUGGGAAAUAUCAAAAUUCAUCAGCC